CAUCAUCAUCUAUUCAUAUGUUAAAAAUAGAAUAUAUUUCCAUCAAAUUUCCUAAAAAUAAAAAAAUUCCACCAACCCACCAAUAAAACCAGUCAACGGUUCUGAUCAUCUCUCACUUACAUCAAACGGCCACCAACCCCCCCUUUUUUUUCAAAAUUUGUAAAAGUUGUUGUCCAAUUUUCUCUCUCUUCCUUCUUAUAUUUCUACUCAUAAUCCCCACCAAAACCUUACUUUCUCUCUCUACAAUUCCAACAAUGGCGUCCUCUCUUUCUCUCUCCCAAGCCAUCUCCGCCGGCCGUACUUCCACCUCUCGCAACCCUUCAACACCCACAAACCGUCUUCCUUCUUCACUUUCUCUCUCUUCCUCCUCUUCUUCUGUUUCUCUCCUCAAAUCAUCUUCUUUCUCUCUAAAAACCUCCCGGCGAGUGGCCCCACGCGCCACCGUACGCGCUUCUGCGGUGGAAUCCCUCGACAAGUCUGGUACUACUGAAGAUACCCUGAUCGAUAAAUCGGUGAAUACGAUCCGGUUUUUGGCGAUUGAUGCCGUUGAAAAGGCGAAUUCGGGUCACCCGGGUUUACCCAUGGGUUGUGCUCCGAUGGGUCACAUUUUGUACGAUGAAGUUAUGCGGUAUAAUCCGAAGAACCCUUAUUGGUUUAACCGUGAUCGCUUUGUUUUGUCCGCCGGUCAUGGGUGUAUGCUCCAGUAUGCUCUCCUACACUUGGCUGGUUAUGACAGUGUCACUGAAGAAGAUUUGAAGAACUUCCGCCAGUGGGAAAGCAGAACUCCUGGUCAUCCUGAAAAUUUUGAGACUCCUGGGAUUGAAGUCACCACUGGUCCCCUUGGUCAGGGUAUUGCCAAUGCUGUUGGGCUGGCACUUGCAGAGAAGCACUUGGCUGCUCGGUUUAACAAGCCUGAUAUGGAGAUUGUUGAUCACUACACGUAUGCUAUUCUUGGAGAUGGUUGCCAAAUGGAAGGUGUUUCUCAGGAAGCCUGUUCCCUUGCUGGACAUUGGGGACUUGGAAAGCUUAUUGCAUUCUAUGACGACAACCAUAUAUCUAUUGAUGGUAGCACUGAUAUUGCAUUCACUGAGGAUGUUGACAAACGGUUUGAGGCUCUUGGAUGGCAUGUGAUUUGGGUCAAGAAUGGUAACAAUGGCUAUGAUGAAAUUCGCGCUGCAAUCAGAGAGGCUAAGGCUGUUAAGGACAAGCCGACCUUAAUCAAGGUGACAACAACUAUCGGUUAUGGCUCUCCAAACAAGUCAAAUUCAUACAGUGUGCAUGGUAGUGCCUUGGGAGCUAAGGAAGUAGAAGCAACUAGGAGCAACCUUGGAUGGCCAUAUGAGCCAUUCCAUGUACCCGAGGAUGUUAAAAAACAUUGGAGCCGCCAUACUUCUGAGGGAGCAGCCCUUGAAUCUGAAUGGAAUUCUAAAUUUGCUGAGUAUGUGAAGAAGUACAGUGAUGAAGCUGCAGAGUUGAAGUCUAUCAUCACUGGGGAAUUACCUUCUGGCUGGGAGAAGGCACUUCCGACAUACACCCCCGAGAGCCCUGGUGAUGCUACAAGAAAUCUGUCUCAACAAUGCCUGAACGCCCUUGCAAUUGUUCUUCCAGGUUUUCUUGGUGGAAGUGCUGACCUUGCUUCCUCAAACAUGACUUUGCUGAAGAUGUUUGGAAAUUUCCAGAAGGAUACUCCCGAGGAAAGGAAUCUUCGAUUUGGUGUUCGGGAGCAUGGAAUGGGAUCCAUCUGCAAUGGGAUUGCUCUCCACAGCCCAGGCUUCAUCCCUUACUGUGCAACUUUCUUCGUCUUCACAGACUACAUGAGAGCUUCCAUAAGGAUGGCUGCCUUGUCCCAGGCUGGGGUCAUCUUUGUCAUGACCCAUGACUCUAUUGGACUUGGGGAAGACGGGCCGACUCAUCAGCCUAUUGAGCAUUUGGCGAGUUUCCGGGCCAUGCCAAAUGUUUUUAUGUUCCGUCCUGCAGAUGGUACUGAGACAGCUGGUGCCUACAGAGUUGCAGUACUAAACAAAAAGACACCUUCUAUUCUUGCUCUUUCUCGACAAAAGCUUCCCCAGCUUCCGGGAACUUCCAUUGAAGGGGUUGAAAAAGGUGGUUACAUCAUUUCUGACAAUUCAAAGGGGAACAACCCAGAUGUUAUCCUAAUGGGAACUGGUUCUGAACUAGAGAUUGCCGCUAAAGCUGCCGAUGAUCUUAGAAAGGAUGGAAAGGCUGUUAGAGUUGUGUCAUUUGUUUCAUGGGAGCUCUUCGAUGCUCAAUCUGAGUCAUACAAAGAGAGCGUAUUGCCAGCCGAUGUGACAGCUAGAGUCAGCAUUGAAGCUGGAACUACAUUUGGAUGGUUGAAGUAUGUUGGCUGCAAGGGUAAGGCAAUUGGUAUUGACCGGUUUGGAGCCAGUGCCCCUGCUGGGAAGAUAUACAAGGAGUUGGGAAUCACAAAAGAGGCCGUCAUUGAAGCAGCUAAAUCACUAUGCUAAAUCACUAUGCUAGACAUGGUGAUCUCAGUGUUUUUUGAUUGCCGCAAUUCCCACUUUUUUCUCCAUACAGUUUUUGUAUCGUUUAUUGGAGGGGGAUGGAUCUCAUAAUAAGAGAGUUUGAUAAUACAUCGCUUGUUUUACUGCAACCAACAGAGCCAAGUUUAAUUGAGGUUUGAGCCUCGAGGAAGACCUAUAAGAAAAGCCAUUUCACAGAGUAGAUGUUUAUGAUUUAUGUAAGCAUAUUGAGCUUUUUGAACCUCUGUAGUUUGUGCUAUUUGGUAAUUGAUUUUAACUAUCAUCUUCAUCUUUAGUGUUCUUUAAGAUGAACUGCUAAAGCAUAACGAGCGAUCCAGUUUAGGCAUGUUGAGUUUACGAGUGUUUAAUUCCAUUGCCUUUAAAUGGUUUUCUAAA